AUCGCACAGGCGGCAACGCCAGCUUUCGAUGACUCGAGAUUCAUGAAGGAGGGCGGUAGGUUAAAUGAACCUUAUCUCGGUGGUAAUAAGGCACUAAAUCAUACCAGCCCUACUGGGUCGCGGCAGCAACCAAAUAAUAAUAAUUGACAAUUAAUUAGUAAUGUCGUUUCAGUACCUAAGCUUGCGGACGGUAUAAAUUUACCCACUGUGAUUAUCCAUGUACUUACGGUUAGAAAUGAUUUUAUCACAGCGCGGGCGCUGUUGGACCUAGGUUCACAGUGCUCAAUAAUUAAAAGCGAAUUUGUUGCGCAGUUAGGAUUAAAGCGACAUUACAGUGACACAUCUUUGGUAGGUAUCGGCGGAAUUCAGGCUAGUGGUAGCCAUUGUAUUGUGUCUAUUCAUUUUAGACCUGCAAACAAAGUUGAUUUUCCUUUGUUAUCGGUUACAGCGGUAAUUAUAAAAAGGCCGACUGCGUAUUUGGCGCGUCGCUUGAAUUUAAAUAAUGAUAAUAAUAUUAGGCUAUCGGAUGACGGCACUCUUAAGCCAUUGGAGAUAGAUAUUAUUUUCGGAUGUGACAUCUUAGGACAGAUUUUAACCGGUGAAAAGUUAGAUCUGGGAACGGGUGGUCCCUAUGCGUUGGGAACUAUUUUUGAUUUCGCUAUCUUCGGUGCGGUAAAUUUAUUAUGUUGUCAAUCCGGUGACAAUGUAGAAACAUUUUCGGGUACGACUCUUUUAGAGGCGGUUCAAAGGUUUUGGAGAACUGAGGAGCCGCCCAUGCAUAAAAUUAAGGAUCCUUUGGACAUAGAAUGCGAGAAUUUGUUUGCGUCGACUACGUCACGUGACAGUAACGGAAAAUAUAUUGUGCGGCUUCCUAUUAUACCUAAUCACGAGCGAUUAGGAGAUUCUCGGCAAACGGCUUUGAAACAAUUUAUGUCCAUUGAACGGAGGAUGUCUAGACAGCCUGAGUUUAGGGACAAAUAUGUUGAAUUUAUGGAAGAAUAUUUAAGACUUGGACAUAUGGUGAUAUCGGAGUUCGAUUUUAACUCAGGUGACGAAUAUUAUGUACUUGCUCACCACGGGGUGUUCAAGAGGUCGGGCGAUGUUAAUAAGAUUCGCGUAGUGUUCAAUGGGACAAUACCUAGUAGCACAGGGGUGUGCUUAAAUGAUUGUUUAUAUACAGGAGAACGGUUACAAAAUGACAUAACGGAUAUAAUAACAAACUUUAGAUUUCCACUUGUAGUGUUUACGUGUGAUGUUAAGAUGAUGUUUCGGCAAACCUACAUCUGUCCGGAGGACCGCAGAUAUCAGUUAAUUUACUGGAGGUCAUCGCCCUCGGAACCUCUGCGCGUUUACGAGUUGACAACCAAUACGUACGGGUUGAAAUCAAGUCCUUACAUUGCUAUUCGCUGUCUUCACCAGCUCGCUCAUGACGGUAAGCAAGACAGCCCUCGUGCAGCUGAGCUUUUAUUGAGAAACUCCUACGUCGAUGAUCUCAACGGGGGAGGGGAUAGCUUAAACGAAGCUCUUUCUUUACGAGAUGAGUUGAUAUCGCUCAUGAAGUCGGCGGGUUAUGAACUGCGGAAGUGGUCUUCCAACGUACCGGAGCUGCUUCAGGGACUUCCGGCAGAUCACCUGGAGACUCCUCGGACGUUUGACGGUACAGACGGCUCGGUUUUUAUAAAAAUAUUGGGUAUUCAGUGGGACCCAAUUUCGGACGGUUUUACAUAUAGGGUUAACUUACCCUCGGACUCAACGGUUACUCGAAGGAGUAUUUUAUCUAUGACGGCUAAACUAUACGAUCCAUUAGGGUGGAUAAGCCCAGUGGUUUUUCGUUUUAAACUUUUACUACAAUCGGUGAUCGGUACAAGCGGAAAUAAAGUAGAUUGGGAUUCGCCAGUCUCGGAUGAUUUGGUACGGAUGUGGCAAGAUUAUAUUUCGGACUUGUCCAAUUUAGAACGUCUUUCCAUUCCUAGGUGUUUGAGACCUGGUGCACAGGCUCGGUACUCCUUGCACGGUUUUUGUGACGGUUCGUCGUUAGGACAUGCGGCGGCAGUGUACGUACGAGCGGAACUACCAGACGGCAGCGUUCUCGUGAGACUAAUCAUUGCUAAGUCAAGGUUAGCCCCACUGAAGACUCAGCAGACCAUUCCCAAGAUGGAGUUAAAUGGCGCUGCGCUGCUUACUACCCUUCUCAAUCAUGAGGUCAGCAAGGUUGCAGACAACAUUGUAUUCGAGGAAGUGGUCGGAUGGUGUGACAGUACUAUAGUCCUAGCGUGGCUUCGUACUCCUGCGCAUACAUUACAAGUUUUUGAAGCAAAUCGGGUUUCUCAAAUUAAUGCAUCUACGGCUCUCAUUCAUUGGCGUCACGUGCCAAGUGAAUUAAAUUGUGCGGAUGUUUCAUCGCGCGGCGCUGCGGCGGCGGAUCUGCUCAACCACGAGCUGUGGUGGGGCCCGCAGUGGCUGUGCCAACCAUCGGAUUGUUGGCCGGUGGAUGGUCCUGCAUUUCCGCCAGAUAUGUUACCUGGUCGGAAGACUAAAACUUGUGUAGUUAAUAUCGGAAAUUUACAAUCGGACACGGACACGGACUUUCUUAUUGAUAAAUUUAGUUCGUUUGAAAAAUUAAUCAAAGUUACGGCCCUGGUAUUACGGUUUGCUCAUUUAUGCAAAAAUAAUAUUAAACAGUUUCCACAAAAUAUAUCGGUUUCGGAGCGUAGAAACGCUAUAAUGCAUUUAAUUCGUAUAGAACAAUUAAAACAUUUCAAGGAUGAAAUUUUAUGCUUGACAAACAAAAAAACGAUUCGGACUUCUAUGAGAAGAUUAAAUUUAUUUAUGGAUGAUGACAAUAUUCUACGGGUCGGUGGUCGGAUAGGAGCUGCGGAGCUACCUUAUGAUGCACGACAUCCGAUUUUAUUGUCGGCUAAAAGUAAAUUCACGGAGAUGUUGGUAAAUCAUUACCACAUCAUCAAUUGUCAUGUCGGAGCGAAUACACUUGCGGCUAUAUUAUCUCGGACGUAUUGGAUAAUGUCGGCGCGGCGAGUCACCCGACACAUUACAUAUAGGUGUGUGCAAUGUUAUAGAUCUAAAGCACGACCUACGCAGCCGUACAUGGCUGAUCUGCCACCUGACCGGGUCAGGGGGGUGCGACUAUUUCUCGGCGUCGGAACGGACUUUGCGGGUCCUUUUUAUAUAAAGACAAUACGACUAUACGGAUACUAA